AUGGAUCGUAACUCACAGAACCGUUCAGACCCCUUCGAUUCAACAGGUAAAGAAGCUUCCCGUCAUUAUCUAAUAUAUUAUAUCCUAAGAAUAUGUUGGAUAGGAUAUGACAAUGCAGCAUUUUGUUCAUGUAAAAGUGAAAGACUAGAACAAACCAACAACAAUCAACAAGAUCAAACAGUCUCUCCUUCUACUACUACUACUACAACUACUAGUCAAUGUAAACAUCACGAUGAAUACAAUUGUAAAUCAUACAGGAACAAUCUAGAAACAAGAUACAAACAGUUGCAACUAGCAUUUAUCAACAAAAAGAUUUUCAAUCAUAUAAAGACUAGACCUCAUUCAUUCCCAAUCACUUUUGCCAUGUCUGAAUGUAAACUUGUUAGGAAACCAUCACUUCAAGGAACCGAUUCACUCUUGCGAAACGCAUCAUCAUUGUCAACCAACACUCAAUUAUUCUCAGAAGGAUUAGAAUCAAUCAUCUUUAAACGAGUUACAGCCGAGGUAUUACCAUCAAUCAAGAAAUAUCAAGGGUUCAUAACAUUUUUGGAUACAGAACAUCCCACUCCAAACCAAAUCACACAUCUCUUACUUGCCAAAUUAAAAUAUCAUCUUGUAAACCUAGACCGAUUAUUUAGUUUUACAUCACUUGUAUCUUUAAGCUUGUCAAGUAUAGAAUUGGAUUUUAGUCAAUUGGAUCCUAUAUCAGUAACUAAUCGAUUCGAUAAAAACAAGGCAUUACUAUUGGGUGCAGCCACACAAAUAUUUCAAUUUCCUAAACUCCAAACAUUAUACAUGGGAAUUAUUCUAUUACCUGGUGGUGAUCCAACAAACAUUAUUCCAUCAACAGUAACUAAAAUUGUUUCAUGGUAUCCAAUGAGACCACGUAUAUCAAAUACUGGUUUAUUAUCCAUUAUUAAUCAUAAUCUACAUAUUAAAACCCUUAAAUACAAUCAUCGUGCAUCAGAUCCAGAUAUAGAUUCAAAUCCAAUCGAUUUUGCUUUAGAAUGUUGGUCUGAUAUUUCACCCAAAUCAUCACUCGAAAAAAUCAUUGCAACAUUGGAACAUGGACAAAGAUCAAAUUUAAUGACUGAACCACCAACCUUUUCCAUUCAUCUUGAGCAAUCAUCAUCAAUUAAUUAUAUUGGUUAUUUUAUUUCAGAUUAUUAUAACAAAUAUAUAUUUUUUAAAAAAAACACAAACAAACAAAUAAAUUGA